UCAGUCUCUACAACUACUGCCACAUGCUGUUCGGCAUUACUCUGCGUUUUCAUGCCCUGUCGCCCUUCGAGAUGUUUUCCAGGCUCACCGCGUUGACCGUCCGAGGGAAGUGCUGCCGGACCGGCUUCGGUACUUUCAGCUCCAGCUGCAGGUUUACGGUGGAACAUGACCGGCGGAACCAGCGCUUCACCGCCACUCCGGGCAGCGGGGCCGGGGCCCCUGACUGUGCGGUGCUGAACUACAGAUUCACCGGGGAGAAGGAGGUGGAUCUGAUGUCAACCUAUGUGCCGGAGACGUUCAGGGGCCAGGGUGUCGCUGCACUGCUGUCGCAGGCUGCCAUGGACUUCCUGGCCGAGGAAAACCUCAAGGCUCGUGUCUCCUGCUGGUACAUAAAGAAAUACAUCGAGGAGCGCCCGCUGCCCCACUUUAAAGACCUGGUCAUCGCUUGACUGCGGCUCAUUUGUCCACCCUAGCCUCGAAUUGACACCUCAAAUCCACUGCAACCUCAUAUACCUCACCCUAGGACACUAGAGGGGCCAAAGGGAGGGUUGUAGAGGACGCUAUGCUCGUCCUGCGCCAUCUGCCGCGUCUUAAGAGUUCUCCUUAUGAACAGUGAUUGUCUGUCUCGCCCUGGGUUCGGCUGAAGUUUCGUAUUUUAGAAAUUCCCGAUCAGACCCAUCACAGUGAGGCACAGUAUAAUUCGUAUCAUUUUAAAAGAAUCGUAAAUGUAAUAUGAGUGAAGUUCCUCAAAAUCCACUGAAAGAAUUCAGGGUUUUAAGAUGAAGUUGCAGCGUGAUAUUGAUUUUAUUUUUGAUAUAUUUUUGUAGAUCUGUAAGAUUGAUCCUUUUUUUUUUUUGCAAAACUUGUAAUACUUGUUAAUUAUUAAAUGUUGGGACAAGACAUUGAAAUAUUUAUCAGGGCACAAUGUUUACAUAUCGACCACGUCUGCACAUUUUUGAUGGCAAACAAAGUUUAAAAGUCGUGGAAUCGCCAAAGUUAUCAGGAUUCUUCGCAUGGGAAUCGCGUACCAAAUUUUACAUGGCAGUCCGUCCGGUAGUCGUUGGGAUGAAUCCGUUAGAACCUGAGACGUCAACCUGUCGGUGGCGAUUUGUGGAUAGAAAUUU